AUGGCUACACAGAAGCGGCCCAACUUUCUCGUCAUCGUUGCUGAUGACCUAGGCUUCAGCGAUAUAUCUCCGUUCGGCGGGGAGAUCAACACGCCGCAUCUGGACAAAUUGUCCAAGCAUGGCAUACGGUUCACAGACUUCCACGCUGCUGCCGCAUGCUCGCCCUCGCGGGCCAUGAUCAUGACCGGCACUGACCACCACAUCGCCGGCCUCGGGAACCUGAUCGAGUGGACCAAUAUCUCGGGGCAGAACGACCCCUCUGGAAGCAUGUCGACGUCGGUUCAGAGGGGGAUGCCCGGCUACGAGGGCUACCUCAACGAGCGGGUCGUCGCCCUGCCAGAACUCCUACGUGACGCCGGCUAUCUCACGCUCAUGUCGGGCAAGUGGCACCUCGGGCUCACGCCGGAGAGGAGUCCCAAGGCCCGCGGUUUCGAGCGGAGCUUGGCGCACCUGCCAGCCUGCUCCAACCAUUACGCGUAUGAGCCUCAGCUAGAAGGGAAGGACGAGAUCCCGGACUUCAUGACGAUGAGCUACAUCGCGCUGCACAACGAGGACGGAGAAUAUGUCAGAAAGCUCCCUGACGGGUGGUACUCGUCAGAUGGCUAUGGUGACAAGAUGCUACAGUAUCUCAAGGACUGGAAGAAAGCGGGGGACGAGAGACCCUUUUUCGGCUAUCUCCCCUUCACUGCACCGCACUGGCCACUACAAGCUCCACAAGACUAUAUCAAGAAAUAUCGAGGCAUGUACGACGAUGGACCAGACGAGCUCAGACUGAAACGUCUGCAGCGUCUCAAAGACUUGGGAAUGGUGCCUCAAGACGUAGAACCCCAUCCUGUGAUUGCCGAUGAGGUAAAAACCUGGGAAGAUAUGAGCACUGAAGAGAAGGCCAAUUCAUGCCGAGCCAUGGAGGUCUUCGCCGGUAUGGUGGAGUGCAUCGACGCCAACGUAGGCAAAGUGGUGACGUACCUCGAGGAGAUAGGCGAGCUCGACAACACCUUCGUAUGCUUCUUGUCAGACAACGGCGCGGAGGGGGCCGCGUACGAGGCAUACCCGAUCUUUCAAGGGUCCAUGGUACAGCAUCUCAAGAAGUACUACAAUAAUCACAUUGAUAACCUCGGCAAUGGCGACUCCUUCAUCUGGUACGGCCCCAGAUGGGCGCAAGCAGCUACUGCCCCGAGCAGAUUGUACAAGGCCUACACGACUGAGGGAGGUGUCCGGGUGCCGUUCUUGAUGAAGCCCCCAGUGAACUUUAGCGGUAAGGUUGCAGGUGACUCGAUCACACACCAAUUCUCAACAGUCAUGGACCUGGCGCCCACCAUCCUGGAGAUGGCCGGCGUGAAGCACCCCGCCCCGAUGUACCAAGGGCGGGAAGUUGUAAGCAUGAGAGGCAAGUCCAUGGUCCCAUACCUGCGAGGUACAGAGGAGCGGAUCCACGCACAGGACUUCAUUAACGGGUGGGAGACGUGUGGGAGGGCGGCGUGCCGCAAGGGCGACUGGAAAAUCGUCUUCAUCCCGAAGCCCAAGGGGCCCGAGCGGUGGCAGCUGUACAACCUGGCGCGGGACCCGGGCGAGGUGCACGACCUCGCGGAGAAGGAACCGCGGCGGCUGCAGGAGCUGCUGGGCCUGUGGGACCAGUACGUGCUCGAGACGGGCGUAGUCCCACUGUCUCCCGCCCUGGGCCACUGGAUCGCGGCCAUGGAGGAGCAGAUGCCCGAGAACGCCUGGAUCGAGUACGAGUACUGGAAAGAAGGGGCUCGUGACGACCCGGCUAGGUUUACAAAGCAGAUCCCAAGGUUCAUAAGACAGGUGAAGUCUAUCUAA